AUGACCAACUUCAAGAUCCAGAUCAUCUCAGACACCAUCUGUCCCUGGUGCUACGUCGGCUACCGCCGCCUUUCCCGCGCCAUAACAGCACACAAAGCCAACAAUCCCACCGACACCUUCACCCUAACCUGGAACACAUUCUACCUCAACCCCGCCCUCCCCGACUUCCCCGGCGUCAACAAAGCAGAAAUGUACACGGUGAAAUUCGGUCCCGAGCGCAUGGCAGCUAUUUUCUCACGUCUAUCCUCCGUCGGCGAAGGAGAGGGCAUCAAGUUCAAUUUUGGUGGGAAUACGGGUAAAACGAGGGAUUCGCAUCGGUUGUUGUGGUUUGCAGGGCAAUUGGAAGAGAAGAAGUCUUCCCCCUCUCCUUCUACUUCUGGUGAUACUUCUGCGGUGGGCGGCUUGCAAACACGCGUCGCGGAAAAACUCUUCCGCGCAUAUUUCGAAGACGAGAAGAACAUCACCGAUCCGCGGGUUUUGUUGGAGGCUGGUGUUGAGGCGGGCUUGGAUCGGGAGGCAGUGAAGAAGUUUUUGGAUUCGGAGGAGGGAGGGGCUGAGGUUGAUUCUGAGGCUAAGGUUGCGUCCAGACGGUUGGUUACUGGUGUGCCGUAUUUCUCGAUUCAGGGGAAGUAUUCGGUGGAAGGGGCUGAUGAGCCUGAGACGUUUUUGGAGGUGUUUGAGCAGGUUAAGGAGGAUGAGAAGGCGUAG